AUGGCGGGCGACAAGAAGUUACUGGUUAUUUUAGAAUCGACACUGGGGCUUUCUACGCAGUUCAUCUCAUCUCUCUCGCUGUCCGCUGCGUCAACCUCCGGCGCACCCCGCAGCGCCGAAGGAAACGAGAAUAAUAAGAACCUCCCGCUUCCAUUACUUUCAGCUGCCGCUCAGACCCUUAAAUCGAAUACUGGGAAGAUCUCUCUCUUCGCAAUUAAUACCCCCUUCACUCCGUCUGCGAUUACUUCGGUUCUCACGCAAAUCAAUGAUUCAGCUCUUCCUUCGCUUGUCACAGCCGCCUUUCUCCUCCAUCCAGAACAUUGUACCAAAACAUUCCAUGCGGAAAUUAACACGCUGGUGAAAUCGGCUCUGAGAGAAUAUAUUACUCUGAUUAAUGAUAUCAAGAAGAUUGCUGUGGAGAAUGGAAAAGGCCUGACUGACGAGGAUAGAGCUGCAGUGACAACUUCUGCGGCGAGGGUCUGGAAAGUAUGCGACCAGCUUGUGGCUGCUUCUACAGAUGGGGUUGUUGGGAUGGUGAUUCAGAAGGCGAAUGAGUUCUUGGAGCUUGUACGUGAUGGUAUCAAAGAGUUGGAAGAGUGGGAUCCAGAGGAAUCCGACGACGAUGAUUGGGGACUAGUUGAUGACCUUACCGAUGCAACUAAAGAAGAAAAGGAUGAAAACGACGAUGAAGAUCGAGAAGAGAUGGUUGCGAUGCUAUCCGGGGAGAAGAAAGAUCUCCUUCGUUUACUUACUCCCAUUGCUAAGCUAUACACGGCCGUAACCACACAGAGGUUAAAACCACUGAGGCAGCAGCCCAUCCUCCCAAAGUACGCUUCUAACCUUGAUAAACUUAUGGAUAAUCUCAAGCAGAUCCCAGACCUUGUCGAUGAGGCUGCUGGAUCCCUAUACGAACAUGAUAUCCAAGCUGUGGCUUCCUACACAAGCAAAUUAAAAAGUUGUGCCAUAUCCACGGUUGAGAUAGUUAAGAAGCCAUGGUACCCCGAAACUGGAGUUAACACCAAAACAGACGGACAAGUUGAAGCCGAGGAUAAAUUCUCAAAAUGGGCCACAGUUUGGCUGAAUGUUUUUAACGAGUUGGGGAAGCGUGGUGUUGCUAAUGGAAAAUGA